UUUACAGCUCAACAAGAAACAAUCAAGGGGAAAGUAUGCAAACCAUAUUUUUUAAUACCAGAAAUCAAAAAUAGAGUUAGCUUCGAAUCCGAUGACAGUCAUGACCUGAGACAAAAGCGAAUAACCAGUAAAGAUAUAAAAGCGUGAGGGGAUUUCGAAUUUUCAAAAACUAUAUACAUACGUGAACUCUAAAUAUUUUCAGUACGUGUACGACCCAAAGGAAGGAUCUUAGAGGAUGAAUUAGAAUUUGGUAAUAUGUGCAAGAACGUACCGCCAAUUAUGGCGGAUCAGUUGGCACUAAUUGAAAGAUUAAGAACUGAUCCAGAGAUUGGUUUUUAUUAUAUGGUCUAUGCUGUUGAUCGAUCAUCCGAAUUUUUCACUCCAUAUGCGUUGAAAGUUGUUUCGUAUCAGAAUGUGGAUCAGACGUACAUGACUAUAAGUGCUAGUGGCGUGACGCAAUACAGUCCUGAUGAAAUGACCUUUACACCUAUAGAAUCUUGGGAACGAGAAUACAAAUUUUAUUUAAAACUCAUGAAGAUACGAAUGUUCAUACAAUUUCGUAUGUGGAAGGGCUUUUACGUAUGGCGAAAGACAAUUACCUGUUGUAAAUUUUUAAACGCAAAAAAGCAUAUGGAAGAAAAUCUAUUUAUAUCCGAUCUGAUUGUUAGUAAAGCAUUGUUGGAGGUUAAGGCCAUGUGUGCUGUUUUUCUCGACUCGUCUUUCAUCGAUAAAACCGUCGCUGAGAAACUUCCGCUCUUUACUUUUGCGGAAAUGCAGAUAACAAAAAUCGAAUUCGUGAAAGCCGAAUUGGAGGAGUUUAGACAGUUGAUUGUGGAUAUUGUGAAUAAUGCUUGUCAUGGAGCAUUACUCGCGUCCGGAUAUACGCCUGAUGAUUCAAACAUUACCAUAGAACAAACAGCUUAUGGGAAACUCGGUCAAUUUAGCGAUGUUAAAUUUCGAAUGCCUAAGGAUGGUAUUUUGAAGAUGAGUUACAUAGAGCAAGCAAGAAAACGUGAAAAAUGUUACAGACUUUCUUGUUUCAUCCAUCUGAUUGAUUAUAUGCAGACGAACAUGAUGCACGUUCUUAUGAAUAACACUUAUAGUGAAUUCUUGGAUCUUUUGGAAAAACAUACAUCGUCUUUGCAUGUCAAAGAGUUAGCCGGUCCUGAUGACCUUGAAUCUUUCUUUGAAACACCAGAUUCAUCCAUGGGUCCACUUCCAAUACCGUAUUUCAUAGGCGACUUGGCAAUAUCACAAAAAGAUGGAAUUGCAAUAGAACCAUCCGAGGAAAUAUUUUGGAAUAUUAUUAGAAUAAUACAAUCUAUGUGGGAUGAGAAUGUAGAUGGUAUCAAGCCAUUGUUGUCGGAUCCAUUUUUCAAUCCGUUCACCAGGCCAAUGAUAAAUCAUAAAGUGGAAGAGCGACUCUGUGGAAAUCCACCGCACAUGCUGACGGUAAUAAACGAAGAUCUAGUGAUGGAAGAUCUAAAAAGAAAACUUUCCCAGAUGUUUGCUGAAAAUUUUAAUGCUGUUAAAUCAUUUUGUAAACGUCUGGAAUUUAUUGAGAAUUUUUACAAGGAGGAUUUGGCCUUCGACGAAAAUAUCAUACGUAACAAUGACAAGUGUGACCUCUUUCGAAAAUUGUGCGUCAGAUAUAGCUGGGAGGAAUCGAUUAUAAAUAAAAUAGUGGAGCAUCAACUAUUAGGAAUGUUCGAUUUACAAUUUGACCGUCUUAAGCGUACAGCGAUGAUGGCGCCCAGUAAAAAGAAAAGUGUACUCGAAGUUACUAUGCCUGCAAUUGGAAAAAGCAAGGUGGAUGCUUUAUUGACAGAAGCAAUGGACGCUAUAAAUUAUCUCGAAGCUGAUCCUGUGUCGACUGACGAUUACGUGUCUUAUAUAAAAUUCGUUGAUAAGGCACAACUUAAGGUGGAUAGUAUGGAAUCACAACUUGAUUAUAUCAAGGAGUUAUAUGACACGAUGUCAGAGUAUAAUAUUCCCGUUCCUGCCGAAGAUAUAGCAAAUUACUUGGGAAUCAGUGUUCAGUUUACUAGCUUACGAUUAGCAGUGGGGAAGCGUCUUGAGGACAGACAGAAAUUAGUAUCAAAGUUCAAUAAUCAAAUUCAAACGGACAUUAAUGCGCUAAUUGAUAAAAUAUCGACCAUCAACGACGAGGCAAUACAACCCUGGCUUCUGGACAUCGAAAGUAAUGUUGAUGUCUGUUUAGCUACCCUUAAUGGCUUAAUUGAAAGACUCGCUGACUGUGCCAAUACGGCAAACGAAUAUCGCACUUAUCAAAAGGGUUUCAAGGUUGAAAUAACGAGAUUCGACAUACUUGACCAAGUGACGAACGAGGUUAAGUUGCGAAAUCUUUUGUGGGAAAGUGUCGUGUCCUGGGCUGACACCGUGGAAGAAUGGCAAAGUAUAGAUUUCGAUACGCUCGACGUAGACGAAAUCACGGCAUACACAAUGCGCAAUAUGAAAAAUAUAGCUCAACUUGAAAAAGGCCUACCGUCAAAUAACAUAUUGCCACAGUUCAAAGAAGCCGUGGAAGUGAUAAAGGAUAAAUUGCCGAUAAUAAGUUGUCUGCGAAAUCCAAAUCUUAAGGCUCGUCACUGGGCUAAAAUCGAGAAUCUCUUGCAUUACAAAUUUAAACCGGACGAAGUUAUAACUCUCAAUCUUUUGGAAAGUCUUGGAGUCUUUAGUCAUACAGUGGAAUUGACAGAGAUUUCGGCAGCUGCGAGUUCAGAGGCGGGACUCGAGAUGCUUUUGAAGAAAGUUGAAGAUUCGUGGAAGACAUUGGAAUUCCUUAUCAGUCCUCAUAAGGAUUCUAAAGACGUCUUCGUCUUGGGAAGUUUGGAAGAAGUCCAGACUGUUCUGGACGAGAGUAAUAUUAAUAUACAAACUAUUGCUGCUUCUCGACAUGUUGGACCGAUUAAGCCACGAGUUGACGACUGGGUGAAGCAGUUGGAUCUUUUCUCGAAAACUCUGGAAGCUUGGCAGUACUGUCAACAACAGUGGUUGUACCUGGAAGCCAUAUUCUCAGCACCGGACAUACAACGGCAACUUCCAAUUGAAGCAAAGCUGUUUGUGCUUGUUGAUAAAUCAUGGAAAGAGAUCAUGAGAAGAACAGUCAAAAUGCCGCUGGCUAUGGAGUCCUGCACAUAUCCUGGAUUGCUAGAACAAUUUAUAGAAAACAAUAAGAAUCUAGAUCAAAUCUUGAAAUGCCUCGAAGCGUAUCUUGAGACGAAGCGUAUUGCCUUUCCGAGAUUCUUUUUUUUAUCGAACGACGAGUUACUGGAAAUUUUAGCUCAGACGAGGAAUCCUCACGCAGUUCAAAGACAUCUUCAGAAGUGUUUCGAUGCUAUUUAUCGUUUGGAAUUUGCGUCUGCUACACCGGAGGAAGAGGGCGAACAGAGCGAAGUGAUUUUAACGACUGAUAUCAUUGCAAUGAUUUCACCAGAAGGUGAAAGGGUUGCUUUAGGAAAGGGGCUGAAGGCCAGAGGUAACGUUGAGGACUGGCUUGGAAAAGUAGAGGAAUCCAUGUUUGUAUCAUUAAGAAGACGUAUGAAGAUCGCUAUAGUCGACUUAGACACUAGAGGACGACAAUCAUUUUUAUCCUCUCACCCGUCACAGGUAGUACUUACUGUCUCGCAAAUAUUCUGGGCAAAAAAUGUUCAUCUUAUCCUCGAGUCAAACGGGAAUAUAGAACACGCUAUGCAAGCAUUUGAACAAAAAUGUUAUGCGGAUUUAAAUCAACUAGCAGCGAUGGUCAGAGGAGAAUUGCCAAAGCUCAUAAGGGAUGUUAUAAUUAAUUUAAUAACAGUAGAUGUGCACGCAAGAGACAUCAUAACAAUUCUCGUGGAAAAUUAUGUUACAUCCAGCACGAAUUUUGAAUGGAUGAAGGCCCUACGCUACUAUUGGGAUGAGGAAAUCGAUAACUGUCUAGCAAGAAUGAGUAAUGCUGAGUAUUUAUAUGGAUACGAAUAUCUCGGUGCUCAGAGGCGGCUUGUUAUCACGCCACUGACCGAUAAGUGUUAUCUCUGUCUUAUGGGAGCACUGCAGCUUGAUCUUGGCGGAGCGCCAGCGGGUCCAGCUGGAACUGGAAAAACUGAAACUACUAAAGAUUUGGCAAAAGCACUGGCUAUACAGUGUGUCGUAUUCAAUUGUUCUGAAGGACUUGAUUUCAAGAUGAUGGGUCGAUUUUUUUCCGGUUUGGCUACUUCCGGUGCCUGGUGUUGCUUCGAUGAAUUCAAUAGAAUUGACAUAGAAGUCUUGUCCGUGAUUGCGCAGCAGCUAAUUACAAUAAGAAAUGCUAAAGUCGCCAGGGCCAAAGAAUUUAUGUUCGAGGGUCGUAAGAUUAAAUUGGUUAUGUCCUGCGCUGCUUUUAUUACUAUGAAUCCUGGUUAUGCCGGCCGAACGGAAUUGCCAGAUAAUUUAAAAUCCCUUUUUAGACCGAUCUCUAUGAUGGUUCCUGAUUACAAACUCAUUGCCGAAGUGACACUUUAUUCUGAAGGCUUUGAAUCUUCUAAACCAUUAUCCAAGAAGAUGACUUUAAUGUAUACGCUCUGUAGCGAACAGCUUUCUCAACAAGAUCAUUACGAUUUUGGAAUGAGGGCAGUGAAGAGUGUUUUGGUAAUGGCUGGUACUCUAAAACGCGACAAUCCCGACAAAAAAGAAGACGUUGUUUUAAUCAGAGCGCUGCGUGAUAGUAAUCUUCCAAAAUUUUUGGCUGAUGAUGCUGAACUGUUUCGUGGAAUCGUCGGUGAUCUUUUUCCAGGGAUAAACAUACCUGAUGAAGAUUAUGGAACACUAUACCAAACCGCAGUAAAGAUAAUGACAGAGGAUGGUCUCCAACCAGAAAAUUGUUCAAUUAACAAAGUCAUCCAGCUUCACGAGACUAUGCAAGUAAGACACGGAGUGAUGUUAGUUGGACCAACUGGAGGUGGAAAAACAACAGUUCUUCAUACAUUACGUAAAACCUACUCACGUCUUCAUUAUAUUGGAGUAGUAGGGCAGUACUAUCAAAAUGUACGCAUAUAUGUGAUGAAUCCUAAAGCAGUAACUAUCGGUGAGUUAUAUGGAGAAGUUAAUACUUUGUCAAACGAAUGGCACGAUGGGUUACUGGGAGCCAUUAUUCGUUUAGCAUGUUCCUUUACUACAGAAGAGCAUCAGUGGGUUGUUUGCGAUGGUCCAGUGGAUGCUGUAUGGAUAGAAAAUAUGAACACUGUAUUGGAUGACAACAAAAUGCUCUGCUUGGCUAAUUCUGAGAGAAUAAAAUUCACGCCAUACGUUCACAUGGUUUUUGAAGUUAUGGAUCUUGCACAAGCUUCGCCAGCUACCGUCAGUCGUUGCGGCAUGGUCUACGUUGAUCCUACCGAAUUAAAGUGGAUGCCAUACGUUAAGACGUGGCUACAAAAGAUUCCAGAAGGAAUACUGAACGAUGAUUUUAAAGGUUUGACUUUGGAAUUUUUUGAGAAAUACGUUGACCAGGGUUUAGCGUUUUGCAAGAGAACAUGCGACGAGGUUAUGGCUCAGGUUGAUAUUAGCAAAGUUAAUUUACUUUGUGCUUUAAUGGAAAGUAUUCUUCUGGAACCAGGGUCAAUAGAUAAAAAUGCCGAAAGGACUCGAGUAAAAACUUUUCUUUCGCAAUCCUUUAUAUUCUCAUACAUGUGGUCUGUAGGUGGUAAUGUCGUUGACAGUUCACGAGAAUCAUUCGAACUUUUAGUAAAAGAGCAGUUUGACGGGAAUCCCGAUGCACGUCUACCAGCUGGUGGAGAUUUAUGGAAUUUAUUUGUUAACGUACCAAGUCGUCGUAUGGAUCUGUGGUACAAAUUGAUGCCAUCUUUUAUUUAUGACGCAGAGCAACCAUUUUUUGAGAUUCUUGUCCCUACUGUUGAUACAGUUAGAUUUGGUUAUAUCAUGCAAAAAUUAUUGACUGUUAACAAGCCUGUAUUGUUCACCGGUGGAACUGGUGUUGGAAAAUCAGUGAUAACUAAACUCGUCCUUAAUAAUUUACAACAGUCAGGACAAUGGGUACCGAUCAUAUUGAACUUUUCGGCACAAACCAGCAGCGGUCGAACUCAAGAAAUUUUGGAAUUGAAAUUAGAAAAACGAAAAAAGACACUUUUGGGUGCUCCUAUUGGCAAGCGUGUUUGUGUUUUCGUAGAUGACGUUAAUAUGCCUAAAUUGGAUACUUACGGAUCCCAACCAGCAAUCGAACUACUUAGGCAAUUGCUUGAUUGUGGAGGAUUUUAUGAUCGUGAUAAACUCUUUUGGAAAGCUGUAGAAGACGUGACCCUCACUGCAGCUUGCGCACCUCCUGGUGGAGGUAGAAAUCCAUUAACACCCAGAUUUUUGAGACAUUUUGGAAUGCUAACGAUACCAGCGCCUACGGAAGGUUCAUUAAAAGCGAUAUUCAAGGCUAUAGUAACAGGAUUUUUACAAGAUUUUCCGCAACCAGUAACUGAAAUGGGUGAUAAAAUAGUCUCAGCGACAGUAGAAAUUUACAACAGAAUUGCUGUAGAUCUUUUACCAACGCCUGAAAAGAGCCAUUAUGUUUUCAAUUUACGUGAUUUAUCAAAAUGCAUUCAAGGAAUGUUGCAGGCUGAUCCCUCAGUAGUACGUGAGUCAAGACAAAUAAUAAGAUUAUUUUACCACGAGUGUUUACGUGUCUUUCACGAUCGUCUGAUCAAUAUCGAAGACAAGAGUUACUUCUAUCAUUUAAUGACAGAAAUGUGUUCACGUUCCUUUGGGGACGAAGUGAUAUCACUUCCACCAGGCGAGAUCAUCGAGCAGCCACCUAUUUUACUUUAUGGGGAUUUUAUGGUGUUUGGUGCUGUCAAAGAACAACGAUACUACGAGGAGAUUACUGAUAUUCCAAAAAUGAAGUCCAUUCUUCAAGAUUACUUGGAUGACUAUUGCAUGAACACUUCAAAAGAAAUGGGUCUGAUAUUCUUUAUGGAUGCUGUCGAGCACCUGUGCAGAUUGGCAAGAAUUCUUCGUUCAGAACGAGGAAAUGGUCUUCUUGUCGGUGUAGGAGGAAUGGGAAAGCAAAGUUUAACCAAAUUAGCCUCCCACUUGAAUGGUUACCGUUGUCAUCAAAUUGAAGUCAGUCGUGGGUAUGAUCUUAAUGCCUGGCAUGAAGAUUUAAGACAUUUUUAUUUUAAACCAGGAGCUUUCGCCGUUCCUGCUACAUUUUUAUUUACCGACACGCAAAUUGUCGUUGAGGAAUUUUUGGAAGACAUUAACAACACUCUUAAUUCAGGUGAAGUACCAAAUCUCUUCGAGGCCGAUGAACUUGAAAAAGCUAUAAUAGCUACUAGACCGGCAGCAAAAUUAGCUGGUAUCGAUGAAUCGAAUAGAGAUGGUAUUUAUCAAUAUUUUAUUGGAAGAGUGCGCAACCAUCUUCAUCUCAUGCUGUGCAUGAGUCCUAUCGGUGAUGCGUUUAGACGUCGAUGCCGAAUGUUUCCUUCUCUAGUUAAUUGCUGUACCAUUGAUUGGUUCACAAAGUGGCCAGAUGAAGCUUUGUUUUCUGUUGCACAAAAUGCCAUCGCUCCUAUCACACAGGAAGAUAUGGAGAAACUAAAUGCCCUAUCUUCAAUUUGCGUUUUGAUGCACAAGAGCGUUCAAGAGAUGACAGUACGAUUCUAUGAAGAAAUGCGUCGCAGGUAUUAUACGACACCUAAGAGUUAUUUGGAUUUGUUAAAGCUUUAUCUGUCUACCUUGGAUAAUAACUUUAAUCGAAUUCUUACAACCAAGAGCAGAAUAGCUAAUGGAUUAAAUAAAUUACAUGAAACAAAUGAACUUGUAGUAGUCAUGAAGGAACAGCUUAUUGUCCUUGCUCCAAAGUUGAAGAUAAGUUCUGAUGAGGUGACAAACUUAAUGAAGGUCGUUGCCAAACAGCAGUACGAAGCUGAUAAAGUUAGAACCGUCGUAGCCGCCGAUGAAGCUGUUGCAAAGAGUAAAGCUAACGAGACAGCAGCUCUGGAGGCUGAAGCGAGAAAGGAUUUAGAAGCGGCAAUUCCUGCCUUGGAAGAGGCACAGAAGGCUCUGGAGUCAUUAAAUAAGAAUGACAUUAAUGAAAUAAAGGUCUUCAAUAAACCGCCACACCUCGUGAGAUUCGUCAUGGAAGCUGUGAAUUUAUUACUGGGAGAAAAAACGGAUUGGCCAACUGCAAAGCUUGUAUUGGGAGACAUUCAUUUUUUGGACAGACUUAUUGCAUUUCCAAAAGACGAGAUAAGCGAUAAACUUCUGAAAAAGCUUCAGGAUUAUGUAAACCAUCCUGAGUUUCAACCGGAUAUUGUGGUUAAGCAAAGUAAAGUUUGCAAAUCCAUCUGCAUCUGGGUCAGAGCAAUUGAUGGAUACGCAAAGCUGUUCAGAAUUGUUCAACCAAAAAGGAUGAAACUUCAACACGCGCAAAACGAGUUAUGGGCUAUUGAAGGUGUUCUGAAGUUAAAGCAAAAGCAAUUAGCUGAAGUUGAGAAAAAAAUUCAAAGGCUACAAAAUCAAUAUGAUGAAGCCGUGAGAAACCUUGCGGAUUUAGAAUACAAUAUGGCACUUUGCGAGGCUAGAUUAAAUAGAUCUGGUCGUUUAACCAUGGCUCUGUCAGACGAGCAAGUUCGCUGGGAGGAGCUUAUGCUGCAAUUUCAUGAGCAAAUAUCGAAUUUGACUGGCGAUAUUCUAGUAGCUGCUGGCGCUUUAGCUUAUUUAGGAGCGUUCACAAGUAGCUAUCGCGAAGAAUUAUUGAAUAGAUGGUUGGCGAGCUGUAAGAAAUACAAUAUACGAACGACGGCGAAUUUUAGUUUAAUUACAGUCUUAGCGAGUCCUUACGAGAUUCGUUCUUGGAAUACGUAUGGUUUACCGAGAGAUCAAGUCAGUACGGAAAAUGCAAUUCUUGUAACUCAGGCAGGACGUUGGCCGUUAAUGAUUGACCCACAAGAGCAGGCAAAUAGAUGGAUACGUAACAUGGAGCAAAUAAAUAAAUUAAAAGUUUGCAAAUUGACUGAUUCAAAUUUUAUGAGAAUUAUGGAAAUUUGCAUAAGGCUCGGUACGCCUAUGAUGCUACAAGAAGUUGGAGAAACGUUAGAUCCUAGUCUGGAGCCUGUACUAUUGAAGCAAACUUUUAAUCAGGGUGGAAGAACGCUCAUCCGCAUAGGUGAAAAUGAUGUUGAGUACGAUGAAAAUUUUAAGCUUUAUAUCACCACAAAAAUGGCCAACCCUCAUUAUCUUCCUGAGAUAUGUAUAAAAGUUACAGUAGUUAAUUUUACUGUAACCCCUUCUGGUCUCGAGGACCAACUUCUUGCUGAUGUUGUACGGCUGGAAAGACCUGAUUUGGAAAAAAUGAGAAACGAACUGAUCGCCAAGAUCAAUUCUGAUAAAGAACAGUUGCAAGGUAUAGAAGAUAAAAUUCUAACGUUGCUCUUUAGUUCCGGUGACAAUAUUUUGGAUAAUGAGGAGUUAAUAGAGACACUAAACGAUAGUAAAGAAACUUCCGCCAUUAUCGCAACGCGUCUGGUUGAGUCUGAAGCAACCGAGGAAAAGAUUUCAGUUGCCAGAGAAAAAUAUCGUUCAGUAGCAACGCGUGGAUCGGUUUUGUAUUUUGUGGUAGCUAAUUUGGCUAAUAUUGAUCCAAUGUAUCAAUUCUCCUUGAAGUAUUUCAAUCAGAUUUUUAAUACUGUCAUUGAAACCAGUGAAAAGAUUGAAAAUUUGUCGGGUAGAUUAUACAUUCUUUAUAGAGAAAUUACUCUUUCAAUCUAUACUAACGUAUCUAGGGGUUUAUUCGAAAAACAUAAAUUAGUAUUUAGUUUUAUGCUAAACAUGGCGAUAUUUCUCGAGGCAAGACUUGUCAACUACGUACAAUGGAAUUUCCUGCUUCGCGGACCUGAACAAAUUAAAUCUAGCAAAAAACCGGAAUACCUAACAUUGACGGAAUCAAUGUGGAAUGCCGCUAAUUAUUUAUCUACAGUAUUUACAAAAUUUAAUGGUAUAUUGACAGAUAUGUUAAAAAAAAUCACAAUCACAAUAGAAUAUUUUCAUGAGGAAAUUAAUAUUAUACCAACAAAUAAUAAUAAUGCUACGAAGAAUUGGAAUGAAAUCCUAGAUGAUAUAGAGAAGCUGAUGUUGCUGAAAGCCCUCAAAGAAGAGAAGCUCAUUUUUGGAAUUUCAGCCUACGUGAAGAAAAAUCUUGGGCAAAAAUUUAUUGAGUCUCCAAUGAUAUCUUUACACGAUAUUUUUGUCGAUACGUCCUCGACGACGCCUCUUGUUUUCGUUCUAAGCACAGGAUCCGAUCCUUUCGGUGCUUUUCAGAAAUUUGCUGAUGAAAUGGGAUACAAGAAUAAAUUCGAGUCGAUUUCUCUAGGUCAAGGACAAGGUCCAAUAGCUGAAGGUCUUUUAAAAAAGGGCGUAGUUGAUGGUGAAUGGAUUUUCCUACAAAACUGUCACUUGGCUACAUCCUGGAUGAUAGCCAUGGAAAGACUUGUAAUACAGAUUUCAGAACAACCGGAAACGGUACACCGCGAUUUUCGAUUAUUUUUAAGUUCAAUGCCAAGUGCCGCAUUUCCGGUAUCGGUCCUUCAGAAUUCUGUAAAAGUCACAAACGAACCGCCUAAGGGUCUCAAAGCUAAUAUCAAGCGAGCAUUUUUUGAAUUGAGCGAAGACUUCUUUGAGAAUCAUGCACUUGAUGAUGAAUGGAGAAGUAUGAUUUUUGGAGUCUGCUUCUUUCAUGCCAUUAUUCAAGAAAGAAAAAAAUUCGGUCCUUUAGGAUGGAACAUAUUAUACGAAUUCAAUGACAAUGAUCGUGAAUGCUGUUUAUUGAAUUUAAAAAUGUUUUGCGAAUUUGGAGUAAUCCCCUGGGACGCUCUAAUAUAUAUAACUGGUGAAAUAACUUAUGGCGGUAGAAUAACGGACAAUUGGGAUCUGCGCUGUUUAAAAACUAUACUCGAUGGAUUCUUCUCUCCAAAAACAUUGUAUACGGAUUACACAUAUUCACCAUCAGGAACCUAUUAUUGUCCAAGAUAUAAGACACUGAAAGAAUACAAAGAUUUUAUAGAAACUUUUCCGCUGAUAGAAGAUCCUGAGAUUUUUGGAAUGCACGAGAACGCGAGUAUUGCUUAUCAGCUAAAAGAGACGCAAUCAUUGAUAAAUAUAAUAAUGGAGGUACAACCCAAAGUAAGCAUUGGAGGAGAAAGUAAAUCUAGUUCUGAAAUAGCGUAUGAGAUAGCAGAUAUGAUAAUGGAUAGAAUUGCGCUGAAAAUAGAUGCAGAUAUGUGUAACACUGAUCACUUAAAAAGGGAUGUGGCUGACAGAUUACCAUCUCUUACAAUUGUCUUACUACAUGAAGUAGAUCGUUUUAAUAAACUUUUAACAAAAUUGCAUUCCACGAUGGAAAAUUUACAGAGAGCUAUUAAAGGAUUUGUUGUAAUGUCUGAUGAGUUGGAAAAAAUUUUCAAAGCACUUAUUAACAAUCAGGUACCACAGGUAUGGCACAACGUGAAUGUAUAUCCAUCUUUGAAAAGCUUGGGUAGUUGGAUAAGGGAUUUAGAACUUCGCAUUGAUUUUAUUGAAAUAUGGUUGAUGGAUACGAUGCCAAUUUCCUUCUGGAUAUCUGGGUUGUCCUUUCCUCAAGGAUUUAUAACUGGCAUAUUGCAAACUUAUGCUAGGAAGUAUAACACGCCUAUUGAUCAUUUGAAGCUUGACUUUACUAUGACUAAAGUCGUACUAGAUCAGGAGGAUAUUGAAGCUGCUCACCGAGAAGUUGAAAAAGAAGUACCUGAAGUAUACAACGACCUACAUAAACCUUUAGAUGGGGUUUUUGUUCAUGGGCUUUUUAUAGAUGCCGGCAGAUGGGAUUUCCAUUUUAUGGUUCUUGUUGAUGCUAAUAAGGGAGAAAUGAGUCCAUCAUUACCAGUGAUGCACAUUAUGCCUGUAAUGGCUCCACUAGAAAAUGAUCCAAGAUAUGUUUGCCCAUUGUACAAGACUGCCAUACGAGCUGGUGUUUUAUCAACUACAGGACACAGUACGAAUUUCGUGGUGGCGAUUUUAUUGCCUUCUGCUCGGAAGCAAUCAUAUUGGAUUCUAAAAGGAACUGCAUUGUUAAUUCAAAUAACAGACUAA